AUGGCAACGAAAAGGUCCCUGUCAGGACCAGUCGAGAUCCUCGACGAAGGUACAAAUCUGCCAGAAGAAGAGGUGAUGAAUGAUUUGAGGAGAUAUACUCACCACAUGGCUGUCCACUUGAGUAAAACGGACAAGCGGUCUGCCGAGAAGUACCUACUGAACUGGAUAACUAUGACUUUCACGAAUAGGAAGAGACAGAAGCAGAUACCCGGUACUCAUGGUACAUCUCAAAUCUUUGCUGCCGUCGGCCACAUGGUCGUCGAGCUCAUGUUCUCGUUCAUCGGUCUUCACACCAGGACUGCCAUUACUCGCCGUUACUACCACCUAUGUCCACCGAAUCGGGACAAGGCAUAUGUUGGCAGAUCUGGGGAAACUGUCGCGCAGAAUCUGGGCCCGGAGGCCUGGCCGCGGGCACAUGCUCCCAUGCGAGCUCAUGCACCCUGA